UUGUUUAAAGUCAAUGUUCUGUUCUUUGCUUUUACUUGGGGCAGGGACUUCAAGAAAUGAAGCUUGAAUUCUGCUCACGCUUUCCAUCCUUAAAGGGAACUUUGCUUUAUCGGAUUGCUAGGCUGAGCUCUUAAAAACAAACAAACAAACAAAAAAAAAAUCAAAACAAGAAAUCUGCUACACAAGGACAUCACUGAGCUGCUGAACACAACCCCAAAGUCAGAUGUUACAGCUCAAUUCCUGCUGGAGGUAAGAUUCCAAGGAAGCAGAGAAUAUGGCAGGUUCAAGUAAAGACUUGGUGUUAUUUUAGGAGAACCCACUAGCUUAGGCAGUAUAAUUGAUUUGAAAGUGGUUUAAGCUGUUGCUGAGGGAUCUUUAUUCCAAAUGGCAAAGUCUGAAGAUUAUUGGAUUUGGAAGAAUGUCUGUCAUGCUAACCACAGGAUUGGAAUUUGGGAGAGGUAUUCUUAAAGGGUGUGAUCAUUCUACAGACAAAUACAUCCUCCUAUCUUUAUUCUGACACAGAUAAGACCAGAGAUGAAAUGUAGGCUUGUGACCAAAGGAGGUAUGGUAGCUCUUAAUUGGUUUGAUGGCCUGUGAUGCUGUCACUGCGGUUGUCUAAAAAAAAAUUGGAUUUGUUCACCCAGUGUGGAAGAGCCAAUUGACACAGAAUUGAGGUGUUUCUUAAUUACAACACAAAGCUGGGGGUUAGGUCGUAGUUCACAAAGCAAAUCCAAAACUCCAAAGAACAAGAAUAAUAUUUAUACAGUCUAGUUAUACCUAUGUAUUUUCCAAACUCUCCCUAAAAGAUACUAUAGGUAUUUAGUUCUGCAUAGUGGGUUUCUGUUGGUCUAUACAUCUGUAUACAGCGUCAAUUUCAAGUUACAGUGUAUUUUUAAUUUACCACGCAUGUGUGAGGGAGGCGGGGAGUGAGUAUUUUAGUACUGAAUUGAGUUGUGAUCUCCCCCUGCUGCAUUUACCUUUCCCUUAGUUACAGUCUCAUCCUGAUGACUUCUUGCCUUUUUUGCAAUUAACUGGCUGUUGGCACCUUCUGGGGUAGGAUGUUCCCCUUAUCAAGCUGGUAGUUCUUCUUCAAGGUCACAGUCACUAAUAUAAAGUUACAGAUAUAUGAUUACUUAACUUCACUAGAAAUGAACCGUGUCAUGUUGACAACAAUAAUAUAAUGGGAAUUGAAUGCAUAGCUAGACAUCACUGUGACAAUUUGCUCACAGUUCUGACCUGAUGAUAUUUGCCUGUACUUUGAUUAUAGGAAGAAAUUCUGAAUGCCAAUAAACAGUAAUGAGGUUUAAAAAAAAAUCCACAUCAAGGAAAUUCUGUUCUGUCAAGCCCACGAGGCAUACUUUCUAUUAUAGAAUUAACCCUUAAAAAAAACUGGUUUAAUUUGAUACCUAGUUAACUUGCUGAAGAUUCUACAGCAGUUAGCAAUGCCUCAGUCCUAACGGCUCCAAAAUCACAGAAAGAAGGCUUUACUAAAAGCAGUCUGAGAGUUCAGGCACUGUGACUUUUGCUGUGCAGCAUUCAGGGUCCAUCCUUAAAAAGUCUGGUUUUGACUAUGAUUAGUGGGACACAAGAACUUCAAAGUGAAAUGAUAUCAUGUCACCUCUUUGAAGUGCAUUGCCAUUUCAAAGACUGUAACCUUGAGCUGGAUGGAAGCCACUCCUAGUCUGUUUAAUGUCAUCACAUAGGCAGAGAGAUUCCUCCCUGCUGUUCUCUGUGCCCAUUCAACUGUUACUUAGAUGUUUGUUAAACCAUUAGAAAACCUUGAGGGCAAGAUCUUCAUCUAGCAAUUUUUUUUUCAUUGCACAAGAAAAAUUGCUGAUUUCUCAGUAAGCUCUCAUCCCAGCCAUAAAUGAAUGUAUCAGAGCUCCAUGUGCCCGAUUAGUUAAUAAGAUGGGAGGCAGGUACCAUUAACACUGAUAGAUUUUCUUUGAUGGGAAGCAGCAGGUAGUAGCUGUGAUCUUUGUUUUGUAAGACUGAACAGACUUGGUUCAGCAGGUUGACUUGCUCACUGAUGUGCUUGUCUUAGGACUGCUUAUGCACAGAAAGGGAACUUUCCAUUAGAAUGUACACUGCAUGAAAGUGACUCAAAUUCUAUAAACCAUUUCCUUGUUAAAGUGAUAUCUGUUGAGAGGUAUUUAUUACUUAUGAGGAUAUCUCCUGUGCAUAGGGAGACAUGAAACCUCUCGUAAAAUGAAUAGGGAUCUAGCUACAGAAGAUUAAGGAAAUUAAAUAUCUGCAGUGGAACGGAGCACAAGAUACCAACAGGCUUGUUAAUAUUAAAUGGAAGAAUAUGUUCAUCAUUCUAUAAAAUAAAUGGAAAGUUUUGGAGGCAAUGCCCUUGAGAAGCGUCUUUGAGUGUGUCUUCUAAUGCCUAGCUAGGCAAACAGCUCCCAGUUUGUCCCAGAUCUUUGGUAGCAAAGCAUAAUAAGAGUACCUGUGCUUGCAAAACUGUAAAGACAAUAUAACAGAGCACAAAAAGGAUGAGUGGCCCAAUAUCACACUACAGUUUCUGUUGUUGCACUAUAGAGUAAUCUGUUUUUGACAGAGCAUCUGUCAAAGUUUCAAAUGUAAACCUUCUUCUAGGUACUCUAAUCUCCUUGUGUUCUUGUUUUGAUUCCUUCUUGGAUCUUAGGAGCCCUAAAAGAGUUUCACAUCUGUGAUGUCACUGCUAAGAGCUGUUCUGCCCUCCUGUGUCAUUUGUUCCUGCUCCCUUUUUUCUCCUAGUAAUAUGUGUGCUUUUCAGUUUUAUUUUUAACUAUGUUAAAAUUUUGCUGAAUCAGUCAACUGAACCAAUACCUUAUGAUCUUACCUUGUGGUCCGGAGUAAAGGAAUAACCAGCAAGAGCAAUUGCAAACAAGUGGGCCCAUUCAUUUAAGAGGAAGCUUACCAUUAGGUCAGCUGACCUGUAGGGUCAAAUGACACCGAGAUGACCACCAGAAGUGGUGCAAAGGAAAUGACUGAGAAAUAUGGAAGACACUGGAAGGAAGAAAAGGCCCAUUUCACAUGGCAGUCAUAAAGUCAGUUUAGCUGUAACAGGAAACCUCACCCUAGCUGCAUGAUUCCUUCUACCUUUAUCUCUAAAAGCUCAUUAGCAUCUGCUGGGAAUUUUCAAAUACCUGGUUGUAAUCAUUUCAGUAUGGACAAUCUAACUUUCAACUUUGAUCCCUUGAUUUAUACUUCAGGGGCUAUGAUGCUUUCUGCAGAGAAGUCAUUUCUCAUGGGAGAACAGGCCCCAUGGGCAGCCACACACCAGGGCUGUAGGCCACACAGUUGGAAAGUCUCUUGAAUUCACGUAUAAUUGGUUUGAAAAACAGUUCAGAUCCAGGGGAUUUCACUGACUCAAAUGAGUUCUGUAUCAAACCCAUGGUUCCCAGCUAUGCAGAAAAGGGGAAUGGGAACAAGGACUGCUCCAUAUUUGAGGCCACCGAGGCACCUCAGUGUGCUCAGUGAAAAGGAAGUAUGAUGGAAGCACAAGAUCACAUCCUCUUUAGUUACACUCUAGCUACCACAGGACACAGCAGCAGUGACAAUGCAAGUAGAAUGACAUGUAGGCCUGUUUGCUGGUUUCUAAUCAUGCCAGAGUUCCUGCUGUUGUCAUUACUCUACCAGUUAUUCACUGUUACCUGCUAUGAUUACCAAACCAGCAAGAUUAAAGUUAGUACAGGCUUGCCUGGCCUUGCAUUUUCUGUUUGCUCUUUUUAGACACUAACUACAGAGGUAGGUCAGGGGAUUAAAAGGAAGAAGCCUGAUCUGUAUCUUAGCAUAGUGCUGAGUCUUUCAGCUCAGACGCAAAUAAAGUCUGUCACUCCAGUAGGGUGUAAUACCAUCUGUACAGUGUGUUGGGCUGCCAUUCUGGCUGACCUCUGGUUAGGGGCCAUGGGAUGCUGGCUUCCAGCGUAACAGGAUCUUCCAGCCUCAUUGAAAGGCAGACAACUGGGCAACAAAGUGCUCCUGAAAUAUUCAAGGAGGCUGUUUUCAAACCUAUGUAACUUAAUUGUUUUGGUUUCUUCUUGCAAUCAUGAAUACUUUAUUUAGCUUCCUCAGGUUAUUGCUUAGGGAAGAGGACCUUGGAAACCUUUUAUCUCAUCUUAGAAUAGCUGGAAGAAAAGAGCAGAGGCAUUACCAGUCUGAAGUAGUGAAAGGCCAGGAAUUCUCUCUCAAUAGCCUGGGGUACGGGCUCAAGGGAGAAUGUUUUCGGUCUAUAUGACACAGCAUGUGAUAUGGAAGGAUCAGAAUUUUAUAUUAAUGCAAUAAGACCUAGGUGGGGGGAAAAAAACACAAAAAAGAGAAAGAUAUUUUAAUAACAGCCUUAUAAGUUUCAGGGUCUUGACUGGAUUGUCAAUUCUACUUGCUGUAGAAUAAAACCAAGAAUAGACCUUAUUUAUAAAUUUAUCAAGUUUCAUUUUAAAAGUAGUUAGGAACAGCAUUGACCAGCUCCCUUACCUGAACUACUACCAAACAAACAAGGUGGUUGUGAAUUUAUGCAGUAUCAUUUCUCUGAUAGAUCAGGACCAGUUUCUACUCUCUUAUUCAUGUGAUUUAGGCUUUUUUUUUUUUUUAAUUUAGUUAACUUCUUAUCUCUCUUUUCUGCAAUAGCACCAAUUCCUUUUUUUAUGUAGUUGACUUAAGAAGAAUUUGCAGUAAAAAGAUGGAUCUGAUGUAUUAUCACUCUUAAUAACGUUUUAAAAUAAUAGCGGCUGAAAGGACCCGAUAUGUUGCAUAAAUGAAGGAAUUUUUAGGAAACUGGGGAGCCUUAUACUUCCUCAAGGAAUGUAGCCUUCUGUUCCUUCCAUCUGCUGCUGGAUUCCCUGGUCAAAGCAGUUACUUGAAGGUAAAAGGGCUUUUAAGUCAGAGGAGCCGGCCAGCUGGAAAUUCCCCUUGGUACUGGCAUCCCUGGGUAGCACGUAACUGGCAAAGACUGUGUACUCCCAGCUCCUUACGGCACCCAGUAUUGCCUUCUCAACCCUGUGUGUCCAGACAGAAAGGGGCAGAGAAGGGCAGUAAAACUGGGAAACUGUAAACAAGAUUUUAAUUCCAAAGAUGACUUAAUUGUCAUUACGUGUACCAAGUAUUGAGGGUGCUGUGCAUGAGGGCAAGUUGUGUCAGUGUUCAUACUCUUGUCUGAAGUGAAUCUGUCUUGUUACUGAAGUGAUGACUUGGGCAAAACUACAUGGUAAAUCAGUGGUUGAGGCAGGCAUUGAACCCCAGUCCUGGGCCACAAAUUCCACUGUCCAGUCUGCUUAGGGAUCUGGAGCUGAAACAUGGAAAUGUUUCAUCUUUCCUAGUGCUUACCUCCCCAUCCCUUAAAAAUAUAUGAACAAACCGCCAGCAUCUUGCUAGAAGCACUUUAAAAGACAAACAACUGCAGUGUUUAGGCAGGGCAGAGAAUUCAGGUUAGAGGUGCUGAGGCAGACAGAAUUGAGUCUGAGGUGGAGAGGGAAUAUUUUCACAGAAUCAAUUUAACCUUUCUCAUCUUCAGUGUAGCUCAAAGCAGGCAGUACUCUCAUAAGAAAGUGAACAAGUUCAGUACCUUCAUCUUGGCCAUCAACCUCAGGCAAGACCCAAUCAUGCUGUCUGAGACUCAUGUCAAAUUAGAGAAAUCAAAGAAGCAGAGGGCUCCAGUUCUGCCUGGGGUAUACAAAGCCUUGAAGAUGCUCCAGCUAAUAAUGGUAUAAAGUUUCUUAGAGCUACUUCCUCCUCAGGAGCUGUGAAGAGUUAGACUUUCCAGAGCAGUUUCUCUUCCCUGCCAUGCACAUAUUAGAAGUUUAGAGCUAGGAGCUCCGGGGCUUUUUUUCCAGCUUGGAUAAGGAGUUAAUGAUUCAGCUGACAUUCUGGGCUUUACAAAAGAGAUCUUUCUUCUCUGCAGAGAGGGAUAGAGAGUUGUUGAUAAAUAAUGAAUGAAAGAAUGUGACAAAAUAGUUAACUAAGCUGUUGCUCUACAGGCUCAUUCUUAUGAGCUAAGAGAAGAGGACCAUCCAAUGACAGAAAGCUUAGGUAAAGCAUAUUUCUUAAGUUCUUCAGCUCAGCACCUAGUUUUUAUCUUUGUUUCUUAGUGGAGGAGCCCUCGAAGUACAGUACAAAACAGUGAAGGUGUUCUUGGAAGGAGAUAGGAAAACAGACCCCACCCAAACUAAUGCUGCUAAGCAUCUGAUAUCUUAACAGCACUCAUCACAUUUUAUGUUAGGGUCACUUGUUCUGGUUGGCCACACCUGAGUUUAAUUUGCUUAGUCUCCAGCUCCUCUGGGAAAGCCUUUCUGGGAGGGGUGAGUGGGUAGAAGGGGACUUCACCAGAAAAGAACCAGGAUCAUUCUCGGAGUAGUUAAAUCGUACACUAACCACACCGCCACUUUGCAACCUCAUGAGUGCAGAGAGAGACUGCAUGUGCAGGCUGUGUGUACAGACUAGACUCUGUGCAUUUGUAUUUGCUCUGUUACAUGCUUUCUUGAGAAAAACCUAGGAAGGGGAAAACCAUCAUUGAAUUAGACAGCAAUGUUGCGUGGGCAGAAUCACCUUAACCUGUCUGCAAAAGCUUUGUUUGAAGGGGAGUAUGGCUUUAUUUUGAAAUUUAAGUUGAAAGGAGGUUUAGUCAUUCUGCUUGAUUUGAGGUGAGAUUUAGGCGUUAACAGGACAAAAAUGGUGCCAGUUUUGUAGUCUUUUCAGUGCUGAGCUGGAAACUACUUUCCUGUUGUCAGCAAAGUGCUUCGUAUUGGCAAGGAGAAAAUAGAGGCUAAGCUAUCCCUGCUUAGCUCCCUGAAAUAAAACUCCAGGGAUGCAGAAGAAAGAGGCCUAUGACUUAAUUCUUUUCACUAGCCUAAGCUCUUAUUUAGAUAAUAUUCACUGUGCCUUGUCUGGUAGCCUCUUGCAUUAUAGCAGACAUGUUUUGGUAUUGGAAUUGACCUUUCCUUUUCAGUCUUUCUUUGGAUAUGUACCUUGUCAUACUAAGUCUGAGCCUGACUCUUGCCUAGGUGAAAUCCCACCUCUUCUUUUAUCCAAAACUCUGCCAACCAGCUGGUGAUAUUGCUGGUUGAAAAGUUCAAAGGUACCAUGAGAAAGCUUGAAUUAUUAAUGCCACUUUCCUUCCAUAUGCCUGUCAUCAUCUGCUGUUUGGGGACAGCCCAGCCAGAAUUGAUGUUAGACCCCACAGCUGGGCAGGUUUGUAAGGAUGCUGGAACAGACUCUAGGCUGCAUGGAGACAAGGCACAGGAGAGUGAAUAUGUUCCCGUAUACAUGAAUAUGACCUAUGAUACACGGUACUGAGAAACUCGCUGGAAUCAGGACGGCCAGUGUAGCGUGGCCAAACCUUUGUCAACUGCGGAAAAUCACAGACAUUCAUUCAUUCAGUUGCCUGUACAUGACUGGCCUCUGGCAAGAGUCCUAAUAGAAGAAGAAAAUAAGGAUAAUGACAAAAUAAAACAGAGAUUAACCUGGAACAGGACAGUCAGUUUGGCACCCCUCAGCUGUGCAGGUAUGGUUCUGCAAACAUUUCUUUGGCUUUAUAGAAAUGAGGUAUAUUACCACUUAGGAGGAUCUGGCCUCUCUUUGUAGCUUAUUUCACAGCAAAAUACACAAUGUUUCCUUUCAUAGGUGAUUUGAGGUAAACCCUCACAUACUCCUGAACACUGGAGAAAUGCCUCCUUCCCGAUCCAAGACUCGGCACAAAAAGUCUGGAGAAGAGAAAGUGCUGUGUUGUGACAAAAAGGAAAACUCCCCAGGGGAUUCAAAGAUCUACUGUGGGAGACGGCGGGAAGGUAAGAGAGGCCAGCUGAAGAAGGGUAAAGAGUCAUUGCCUGAACAAGAUGACACACCUGAAAAAGACCCCUUAAAAAGCCAGAGACUGGUGAUGCUUCAGGGAAGCAAGGAAAAUGGCCACAAAAAUUUAUUUCAGGGAAAAAGAGCCUACAAGAGAAAUGAUAAAAGAGAAUCUGGUUUGGGGAGAAAACAUGGAGAACAGUUAGUGUCCAAGCUGCAGGGGAAAAAAGGAAAGGCCUGCAAGCAGCAGGAAAUGACACCAGGACAAGAAAGUGAGGACAGUAGUGAUAAGGAGGAAAAAGGCACCACAAACAGCAAGAAACACAGUUUUAAAAAGAAGUGUGGAAAGCGUCUUGCUGUUAGUGAAAAAGUCACAGAGUCAGAGUCUGUGAAGUCAAUCGCAGUGCAAAGUGUUGAAGGCUCUUUUCAGAAACAUGACUCACCACAGAAGGCACACAAUGCCAGGUCUAGGGAGAAGCACAAUGAGAAUCAUGGCUUUGAGGAAGCUUCUGAGCAGAAGUCAGGUUCUCAAUCCCAAGGCAGUGUGGCACAGGGGAAAGGUGUGAGAACUGGGAAAAGGGAAGCUGGAAAACAUACCAGGAUUAUUGUCACUGAAAGUGCAGAAGAAAAUAUCCUGGAAACCUCAGGUGACUCCUGCUCUAACUCCAGCAGUGAAGGCCAUUGGACCCACAAAAAAAGUACAAAAGAGACUGUAGCUGAAAGCACUGCAAGUAGUGAAGAAACAAGUAGUUCUUCAGAGGAAGAUGGCAUCAGUGAGGAAGAAGCCAUGCUGGAAGAUCCUUCUGUGGCUGACGGAAAAGGCUACAAGGAACUGCUUGAUGGAAGCAAUGAAGCAUCUGUGGAAACUGAAAGGGAGCAGGUGACCACAGAUGGAAGGAAUGAAUCUGAGGAUGAAGGCACUAACUUUGCAGGAUUGGAGGCAGAGGAGAAAAUGAAGAAGCAAGAUGACAUGCCAAGACAACUGAAAUCUAUUCUAGCUGAGAGCAGUGAGGAAGAUGAUGAUGUAAACAUUUCAGGAUUCCAACUCAAAAGUCUUAAAAAUAGAGAAGAUGGCAAUAAUGAAGUAGGCAAGGAAAAUAUAUUAGAAAAUUACAAAGUUCAAGAUGCAUCAAAAGAUACACAUGAUAAUUCUGACAGCAAUGGGGAGAACAGCACUGAAGAGAGCAUUUACAAAGGCAAAGAAAAUGCAACAAACCAACCACUGCGUAGUGCUGUGAAAGCAAAACUCCUCGUUCGCCUUAGCAAAGUACUUCAGGGAACUGAACAGGAAGAGAAGGUGAACAGUGAAGGCAGUGCACUGGAAGGUAGCCCUUUGCUCUCCAAGCAGCAGAUGAUAUUGAAAGAGAAAUCUGGGAGGUGUGAGAUGGCAGAACAAGGUAAAGUGGUGGGACAUACACAGAGAGACAGUUCAUCACAUUGCAGCAAGCAGAAGUUAGCAGCGAUGAUACUUACAAAGAAACAUGGCUUUAGAAACCAACUCUGA